AGAGGACUGCCCCUGCCUGUACUCGUCGACUCGCCUUUCUGGUACAUUUCAACAACUGUCAGUGAAGCACGAGCAUCCACAGCAUUGCCUAUGAGACAAGUACGCGUACGAGGGGCAAAAGAGACUCGUGGUAGACUCCACAUGGGAGGCGACAUUGAACUUAGUGCAGACGCCUGACUCGGAGCGCGGUGGAUUCCUAUCGCUUUCGGAUAUGAUCGUGUCGUCGAUUUCGUCAAAGCCCCUCACUUGCGCACUCGCACCAAUCGCACCCCCUCAAUACACGGCAUACGCGUAUUAAGAUGUCUGACCGCCAGAGUGAUACCCAGCCCCAGGAUCUCGGCGGAGCGACGUCUACACGAGUCGAGCCGGCGUCGAAAGACGAUGCAGGACCGACAUCGCAUGUGUCCUCGAGUAUUGAACCUCCGAGCACUGCCCCGAGCUCGGCCGACGACUACGACGAGUGGAAACCCCGCGGACCUAUCAAACAGAACACAUCCAGUGGUACAAAGAACACGAAUAUUAGGCGUUGAGCAUGCAAAUCCUUCGUUUAUACCUGUGCCUUCCAGAAGAUAGUCUACAGGGCCGAGGAAGGUGUCGAAUGUAACUUACAAUGUAUUAUGGAAUCUAGACCAUCCACUGAAUGAAAUUUCACGUCGGAGGGAGCGAUUUAGUAGGCCGGACUCCACGUCGAC